UAUUCGACGGAACCGAAACGAAACCGGCGAGACUCGAGAGAGAGUGAGAGGAGACCUUGGUUGGCGUCGAGCAAGCAGGUGAUAUACGGAUCCCAUCAAUCUCUGCGGCGGCUUCAGCUCUGUAAGUGUGUAAUAAUGGCAGCGGAGAGAUCUACCAUCACUCUCGGAGGGAAAGGAUCGUCUUUCACUUGUUCCUCCGUUUACAAGAUUGCUUCUGGCCUCGCUAGUGUACGAAUCGACUCUUCUGCGAUCGAGAGAUUCUCCACUAGAAACACUCCAUCGGUUAAACGGCUCUCCUUUGGUAUCCCUGAAGGCUUAACGGACCGAGAAACCCGAGCUUCUUUGGCUGUAAUCUUAAACAAGCUCAUUUUGUCGACUUCUGCUCCUCCUUCUUCCUCCACCCCUCGUUCUUUUCUCCCACUUAAGAUUUUGGACAUUUUGAAUUCCAAUGCUGAGAGUUUCGAUUCCGGUGAGAUUGAUUUGACAGAAGGGGAAAACACUGUGUUGGAGAAGUCUUUUGCUUCGUUGAUUGGACUCUGUUCUAUUAUAGAUCACAAAUCAACUUCUCUUUCCCAGAUUGUGGAUUCUGUUGCUGCGUUGAGUUGUGAGGUUACAAAGGCUGAUAUAGCUUCGUUUAGCUCGUUGGAUUCUGGGGAUGGGAAUGGUGAUAAAGAUGUGAUUGGUGUUGCUGGUGAUCUCAAGGUUUUGCUUAACGGGUACAAAGGUACAGGCAAAUUAGAAAUCGAAGAGAUUUCGAAAAUUCCUUGGAUUCACGGGAAAUUCAGGUAUGCGGUGAAAAGCUUGCACUCUGAUGCUCGGAGAGAAUUGAAUUCCGGUGUUAAAGGAGGCAAAACUGGAUCUGGAAACACUGGAAUUGGUGAGGCUUUAGGAACAACAUUGGCACCUUUGUUGACAGCCAUUAAAAACUUAGGAGUAUGUUCGUUCCUUCGUUCUAAGCUCUGUUUUGAGUCUAUUGGGAAUGAGAAUCUGAAGAAUGCUUUGUCUCAAGUCUUCGAGAACUGCUGUGUUGAGAAUGAAAAUCUAAAGAGUAGCUAUAAGUUAGCUUAUACUGCUCAUGUGGAAGAGGAUUACAGCAGGUUUGCUCAUGAACUGAAUGCGUCUCUGGGAAUCGUAUGGAGAAUUGUUGGUUUGGAAGCAGUUGCUGCCUUCUUUGCUCUUGCAGGUGGAGAAUUGUUUGUUCAGAAGAGGGGAGAUGCGGAAAAGGAAGAGUCGAAGACCGAUAAGAAAAAGAAGAAGAAUGAGAAAAAAACAGUUGUGGGGAAGGGGACGAGUCUAGUUAUCCAGUUUAUCAAAGAUAGAUUGGUGAGUAACGAGGGAGCAAGUGAUGUUGACCUGAUGAAUUAUUUGAAGCAGUGGGUGGAACAAAUCUUAAAUCUUUUCAACCCUGAGGGUCACGGUUUUGAUAGCUUCUUGGAGAAAGUGAAAGAGAUUGUAGAAAGUAAUGAAAACAGGAGACUUCCCAAGCUUCCAAAGGGAACUCGAGAUUUCGCUAAAGAACAAAUGGCAGUCCGAGAAAAAGCAUUUUCAAUUAUACAAAACGUUUUCAAGAGGCAUGGUGCUACUGCACUUGAUACUCCGGUUUUUGAAUUGAGAGAGACCCUUAUGGGGAAGUAUGGAGAAGACUCGAAAUUGGUUUAUGAUAUUGCUGAUCAGGGUGGAGAGCUCUGCUCUUUACGGUAUGAUUUAACUGUUCCAUUUGCACGGUAUGUCGCUAUGAAUGGAAUCACAUCAUUCAAAAGAUACCAGAUAGCAAAGGUAUACAGAAGGGAUAAUCCAUCGAAAGGGAGAUACAGAGAGUUUUAUCAGUGUGAUUUUGAUAUCGCUGGUUUGUUUGAACCAAUGGGACCUGAUUUUGAAAUUGUCAAGAUAUUAACUGAACUUCUCGAUGAAUUGGAGAUUGGAGAUUAUGAGGUGAAACUGAAUCACCGCAAGUUGCUUGAUGGAAUGCUGGAGAUAUGUGGAGUACCUCCUGAGAAAUUCAGAACCAUCUGUUCAAGUAUCGACAAGUUAGACAAGCAAUCAUUUGAGCAAGUGAAGAAAGAAAUGGUGGAGGAGAAGGGCUUGUCUUCAGAGAUUGCAGACAGAAUUGGCAACUUUGUUAAGGAGAAGGGAGCUCCUUUGGAGCUAUUGUCUAAACUGAGACAAGAAGGGAGUGAGUUCUUAGGGAACCAGUCAUCAAGAGAAGCUCUUGAUGAGUUGAGUAUCAUGUUUGAAGCUCUUGAAAGAUCAAAGUGCAGUCGCAGAAUAGUGUUUGAUCUAAGUCUAGCAAGAGGUCUUGAUUACUACACUGGCGUCAUCUUUGAAGCCGUUUGUAUAGGAGCAGAGGUUGGAUCAAUUGGUGCUGGUGGGCGAUACGAUAACCUAAUAGGAAUGUUUGGAACAAAGCAAGUCCCAGCGGUUGGGAUGAGCCUUGGAAUCGAGCGAGUGUUUAACAUAAUGGAAGAACUAAACGAGAAAAAGAAUCAAGUGAUACGACCUACGGAGACACAGGUAUUGGUUAGUAUAAUGAAGGAUAAUAAACUAGCGGAAGCAGCGGAGUUGGUAAGUCAGUUAUGGGAGGCUAAGAUCAACGCAGAGUAUCUUGUGAGCAAGAGGAAGUCGAAGCAUUUUGAUCGCGCCAAAGAAUCUGGAAUUCCUUGGAUGGUGAUGGUAGACGAAGCGGAACUCAGUAAAGGUGUUGUGACAUUGAAGAAGUUAGUGAAGGGAAGUGAAAAGGAAAUUAAGGACGUUUCUAAAGAUAGUUUCGUUGGGGAAUUGUUGAAAGAACUCAGUUGAUCAUACUGUGUUGCAUUCGCGUUUUUGCAUUUUUUUUGGUUGUUGCUGUUUUGAAUCUAAUGGGAAAACCAUGACUUGACUGGUGGUUGGUUAUUAGAGAUGAGAACUUAAAGAGAUUUUGAUAAUGUUGAUGAGAGGGGUUUCCCGUAUUUUAACUGUCUAGAGGAUUGAUAUUAUUAGUUGAUAACCGACCUGAUUGAUCUUAA